AAGCUCUCAGCCCUCCUCGUGACCUACGCCGCCAGCGCCCUCCUGCAUGGCUUCAGUUUCCACUUGGGGGCCGUGCUGCUCACCCUCGCCUUCAUCACGUACGUGGAACACGUGCUCCGGAAGAGGCUGGCUACCAUCUUCAAUGCUUGUGUCCUCUCAAAGCGCUGCCCCCCAGACUGCCCACAUCGACACCGCACGGGUCUGGGCGUGCAGGCGCUAAACCUGUUCUUCAGGGCCCUGGCUGUCUUUCACUUGGCCUAUCUGGGCUCCCUCUUUGACGUAGACACUGAUGACACCACCGAGGAGCAGGGCUACGGCAUGUCCCACACCGUCCGCAAGUGGUCCGAGCUCGGCUGGGCCAGUCACUGGCUCACCUUCAGCUGCUGGAUCUUCUACCGCCUCAUCAGCUGAGGGCCCUCCCAUGGCUUCCCUUCUCCCUCUCCCCCUCUCCCCCUCUCCGCUGUGGGUCCUCAAUACCUGCCCUGGGCACAAAAGGUGGAGUCCUGGCCACUGCCACCCCUCCCUCCCAAAGGGGCUCUGGGGAUUUGGGGGGGAGGGGACCUUUGAGGGCAGGAGGGGAAGCAAUGGGCAGGACCCCAAGACCAUGUCUUCCACCCCUACAUUCUGCUAGAAAGUCCCCCUUUUUAUAAAUGGUUUGUUAUUGUCAGAUAAAAGUAGGUAAGGUCCAA